CAGGGAUCAGCUGAGGCUGAGGCGAGCCGGGAGGAGAGGAGGGCGGCCCAGGGGGCUAUGAGCAGCGUCCACCUACCCCAGCCAACACCCUUCUUUCAGCCCAGGUCCUUCUCAGCCUCCAGCCAGACUCUCCCUGUGCAGGGCUGAGGCUCCUCUCCUCCGCUUCCUACUUUUGCCUGGAAUGCUCACCAUGGGGACACCUGCCAGGAGGAAAUCACACUUGCUAAUGCUGGCCGCUGUGGCCCUUGUCUCCACUCCAGCUUGGAGCUCAGUCUGGGGAUCCCCAGCCACCUUUGGGCCUGUCUUUGAAGACCAGCCCCUCGGUCUGCUAUUCCCAGAGGAGUCCACCGAGGAAAAGGUGACACUGGCAUGCCGUGCCCGGGCCAGCCCUCCGGCCACCUACAGGUGGAAGAUGAAUGGCACCGAGAUGAAGCUGGAGCCAGGCUCCCGCCACCAGCUGGUCGGGGGCAACCUGGUCAUCAUGAACCCCACCAAAGCCCAGGACGCCGGCGUCUACCAGUGCCUGGCCUCCAACCCAGUGGGCACCGUCGUCAGCAGGGAGGCUGUCCUCCGCUUUGGCUUCCUGCAGGAAUUCUCCAAGGAGGAGCGAGACCCAGUGAAAACCCACGAAGGUUGGGGUGUGAUGUUGCCCUGUAACCCACCCGCCCACUACCCAGGUUUGUCCUACCGCUGGCUCCUCAACGAGUUCCCCAACUUCAUCCCUACGGAUGGGCGUCACUUCGUGUCCCAGACCACAGGGAACCUGUACAUUGCCCGGACCAAUGCCUCAGACUUGGGCAACUACUCCUGCCUGGCCACAAGCCACAUGGAUUUCUCCACCAAGAGCGUCUUCAGCAAGUUUGCUCAGCUCAACCUGGCUGCGGAAGACACCAGGCUCUUUGCCCCCAGCAUCAAGGCCCGGUUCCCAGCAGAGACCUAUGCGCUGGUGGGGCAGCAGGUCACCCUGGAGUGCUUCGCCUUCGGGAACCCCGUCCCCAGGAUCAAGUGGCGCAAAGUGGAUGGCUCCUUGUCCCCACAGUGGGCCACAGCCGAGCCCACCCUGCAGAUCCCCAGCGUAGGCUUCGAGGACGAAGGCACCUACGAGUGUGAGGCGGAGAACUCCAAGGGCCGCGACACCGUCCAGGGCCGCAUCAUCGUGCAGGCUCAGCCCGAGUGGCUCAAGGUGAUCUCAGACAUGGAGGCUGACAUCGGUUCCAACCUGCACUGGGAAUGCGCAGCCGCCGGCAAGCCCCGGCCCACAGUGCGCUGGCUUCGGGAUGGGGAUCCUCUGGCCUCCCAGGCCCGGGUAGAAGUGCUGGCCGGAGACUUGCGAUUCUCCAAGCUGAGCCUGGAGGACUCAGGCAUGUACCAGUGUGUGGCGGAGAACAAGCACGGCACCAUCUACGCCAGUGCCGAGCUGGCCGUGCAAGCACUUGCCCCUGACUUUAGGCUGAAUCCUGUAAGGCGUCUGAUCCCCGCAGCCCGAGGGGGAGAGAUCGUUAUCCCCUGUCAGCCCAGGGCAGCUCCGAAGGCCGUGGUGCUCUGGAGCAAAGGCACUGAGAUUUUGGUCAACAGCAGCAGAGUAACUGUAACUCCGGAUGGCACCUUGAUCAUAAGAAACAUCAGUCGGUCAGAUGAAGGCAAAUAUACCUGCUUUGCUGAGAAUUUCAUGGGCAAAGCCAACAGCACGGGCAUCCUGUCUGUGCGAGAUGCAACCAAGAUCACUCUAGCCCCCUCCAGUGCCGACAUCAACUUGGGAGAUAACCUGACCCUGCAGUGCCACGCCUCCCACGACCCCACCAUGGACCUCACCUUCAUCUGGACCCUGGAUGACUUCCCCAUCGAUUUCGACAAGCCUGGGGGUCACUACCGAAGGGCCAGUGUGAAGGAGACGGUUGGGGAUCUGACCAUCCUGAACGCCCAGCUGCGCCACGGUGGGAAGUACACAUGCAUGGCCCAGACGGUGGUGGACAGUGCAUCUAAGGAGGCCACAGUCCUGGUCCGAGGUCCGCCAGGUCCCCCAGGAGGCGUGGUUGUGAGAGACAUCGGUGACACCACUGUCCAGCUCAGUUGGAGCCGUGGCUUUGACAACCACAGCCCCAUUGCCAAGUACACCCUGCAAGCUCGUACUCUACCUGCAGGGAAGUGGAAGCAGGUUCGGACCAAUCCCGCCAACAUCGAGGGCAACGCCGAGACCGCCCAGGUGCUGGGCCUCACGCCCUGGAUGGAUUAUGAGUUCCGGGUCUUAGCCAGCAACAUCCUGGGCACUGGGGAGCCCAGUGGGCCCUCCAGCAACAUCCGGACCAAGGAAGCAGCCCCCUCGGUGGCACCCUCAGGUCUCAGAGGAGGCGGUGGAGCCCCUGGAGAGCUCAUUGUCAACUGGACGCCCAUGUCCCGGGAGUACCAGAACGGAGACGGCUUCGGCUACCUGCUGUCCUUCCGCAGGCAGGGCAGCACUAGCUGGCAGACCGCGCGGGUGCCCGGCGCCGAUGCCCAGUACUUCGUCUACAGCAACGAGAGCGUCCGGCCUUACACCCCCUUUGAGGUCAAGAUCCGCAGCUACAACCACCGCGGGGAUGGGCCUGAGAGCCUCACCGCGAUUGUGUACUCGGCUGAGGAAGAACCCAGGGUGGCCCCUACCAAGGUCUGGGCCAAAGGGGUCUCAUCCUCAGAGAUGAACGUGACCUGGGAACCGGUGCGGCAGGACAUGAAUGGUAUCCUCCUGGGGUAUGAGAUCCGCUACUGGAAAGCCGGGGACAAAGAAGCAGCUGCUGACCGAGUGAGGACAGCAGGGCUAGACACCAGUGCCCUAGUCACCGGCCUACACUACAACACCAAGUACCACGUGACUGUGCGGGCCUACAACCGGGCCGGCACUGGGCCUGCCAGCCCUUCCGCCAAUGCCACGACCGUGAAGCCCCCUCCACGGCGACCCCCUGGCAACAUCUCCUGGACUUUCUCGAGCUCCAGUCUUAGUAUUAAGUGGGACCCUGUGGUCCCGCUCCGAAAUGAGUCUGCAGUCACAGGCUAUAAGAUGCUGUACCAGAACGACUUACACCCGACUCCCAUGCUCCACCUCACCAGCAAGAAUUGGAUAGAAAUUGCGGUUCCUGAAGACAUUGGCCAUGCCCUGGUGCAGAUUCGGACCACAGGGCCAGGGGGGGACGGGGUCCCGGCAGAAGUCCACAUCGUGAGGAAUGGAGGCACAAGCAUGAUGGUGGAGAACUCAGCAGUCUGUCCAGUCCCACAUCCUGGCACCGUCCUUUGUCACUCCGUGGCGACACUGAUCCUCAUAGGCUACCUGGAGCUCUGAUCUCGGCACCCCUCCCUCUCUGCCACAGCUGGACACCCACCUCCGAUGGACAGAGCCAGCUGGCCCCAGCCCCUUCCCAAUGCCAAGGUGGCCCAACACUGUGCCUGAGAAUGACUGGUUUUAAAUACCUACUUUAAGCAGUGCCCUUUUCGUAGGAGGUAGGAUAUUUCAUAUUCUGCCACAGGAUAGAACCCAUGCGAGGAAUUUUUUUCUUUAAAGCAAGAGGCACCAGACAGUAACUUCCAUGAUGAUACUGAACCCUAUGCCUGGGCCCUCUAGGGUGCCUGGAUGGAAGGCAGGCCUACAGGAAGAAGGGGGUUUAAACAGGCAUCUGCGCAUCAGCGGAGAUAGCACUCUGGGACCGCAUAUGGACUCUGCUCCAGAGAGCGGAGUCCUAAGCCCGGGAACACCGGACAGGAACGGGACAAAGCUUAAACAGCAGCAUCUCUCAGUCUAAGGAGAGGGCCAAACCUGGGGACCAGGGACUCUCCUCCUUUCUCCUCUUAAAGGACAGCACGGCUGGACCCUGACAUUGUCCUGGAUAACUCCCUGGAGGCCCCUGCCACCUACCUUGAUGGCUGAGAACCAGUGCUCUGGUGUCUGAGGCCGGGAGCCUGAGCCCCUGCAGCUCCGGGGGGCGACGCUCCCGACUGCUGGGUGGGAGCUAAGAGGGGUUGAGAAGCUGAGACUCCUGGUGGAAAGGGGCACCAGACUUGGCCUGCGGCACAGUCACAAUCAAGGUGACGUUGCCCUCUUAGCCAAUACUGCCAACCCAACCCUGUCACCCCAGAGUGACAGAAGCCACUACAGGUGGCUGGGUGACUAAAGGGCUUGUCUUGGGCAGGUCCCCCACUGCACCAAGCCCCAGCCUGCACGGUCCCUCGCGGGUUUGAGUAGGAGGCAGGAGUGCCUCCACCGUCCUCCUCCAGCAAAAUGCAGCUGUAAUUGUGUGUGUCUGGAGUCAGGAGUCUUCUGAGAAGGGCAAAGGAUAAAUGCGGCCCUACCUGCUCGCAGGAACGCCCUGGGCCACAUGGCGACCCGCCCCCCAGGCUGCCUCGGAUGCUCUUUUGCAUUCCCCCAGAAGACGAAGGGGUAAAUAAAUGGGACAUCUUAGCUUGCGCUCUGGGUGUAUUACCAGUCACAGCACGUCAGAGCUGGAAGAGGCUAUAGACCUCACUGGGCCCAAGCCACCACUCUACAGAUGAGGUAACAGAGUUGGAAGGGGCAGGGCCUUCCUCAGGUCACACAGCCUGUCAAUGAUGGGGCUGGGAUAGCACU